AUGGGAAUUAUUAAAAAGACCUUAUUUGGUGCUACUUGCGGUGCUGUUGGAUAUGGAUACUAUCUCAGCAAGCAAUAUGAGAGUAUUCCAUUUUACCAAAUUCCAAGACAAAUGGAGAUCAAUAAUAUUGUGAAUAACUACAAAACCAACCCAGAUGAAUUCUUUGCUUACUGCAACACUUAUAGCAGCAAAAUCAGACUAGACCCAAAGAAAUUGACUACUGCUCAACCAGGGAAAUUCCACACCGAAAAAGACGUGAUCAACGAAAUCUUGGUCAAGUUUUUGAAUAAUGGUUUUUAUCAAUUACAAUUGCCAAAAGAAGUGGAAUUGAAGGAUUUGGAUACAACAGAAAAUAAUUUUUCAAUUUAUACCCACAAGCCAAACUCUGUUGUGGUGAAAGUUGAGAUUCCGACCAUGAUUGUGAAUAAUGUUGAAAAACUUUCUGAUUGGGGGUUACCAUAUAGGACCAACAGUACUAGUUAUCAAGAGAUUUAUGUUGAAUUGAAGCCAGAAGUCAAUGAAAAAACCCAGAUCAAUGAAACUUAUAGUGCUGAAGUAUUCUUCAGCAGUGCUGAUUUAUAUAACAAACAUAAUUUUGAUGGGAAAAUUUUGCCAAGAGUGUUGUUGAGUGUCAACAGAUUUUACAAUAGAUUGUUAUUGAAGGCUGGUGUUGAUAGUAUCAGCGAAAGUUUGGGGAUGGAAUGA